AUGUCUCAAGAUCUCAAAGACUUCUUAGACAGAACCAAAAACCUAAGAUCUUCAUUUGCAAAAAGAGCCAAUUUAAUAGCAUCUAGUGCCACUGCUCCAAUAUCUGAUAACAAUUUUGACGAAUUAGAUGUACAAAUAACCAAACAAAUCGAAAAAGCUAACUGUUUAACCUUGAAUUAUGACUCGUCAAUUUUAGGCUACAAGCCACAUACAAAAUCAGCAAGCUCUAGAAGUAACUUGAAGCCAUCUCAAGUCGAAAAUUUUCGUCUCCAAAGGCUCGCUUUCUCUAGAAACCCUAAAGCUACAAGCACUGAUAUUUUUGAAUUUUUAACACCUAGAACAGCUCAAAGUCCUAUACAUUUAAAGCUGCCGACGCUAAAAAAUCCUUAUUUGUCACAAACAACACCUAUUAUAAGGCUGAAGAAACCAAAAAAGAUACAUUUGAUUGUGAAUAAAGCAUCGCCAUCCUUAAAAAUCUCUAGAUUAGAAAAAGCAUACAGUUAA